CGAAAGGUUCGAUCUGUCAACAAGACUUUAUUGUCCAUCUGCUGCUUGGCCAGGGUUGGGUGGCGGAAAAAAGGCCGCUUAUUGUCUCCAAAGCAGCCGCAGAGCCGGAGCCGCACUGCCUCCUGACACCCAGCAGACAUUUUGCUUUUGUGUCGAGCUCGCUCUCGGGCGUCGAGAUGGAGGCGGGCAGAGCUAGUAUCGCCGGUGACGUAGGGCUUUUUUUUUCAUGAGACGCAGCGCCGAUUGGUCGACGAGCCCGCCAGCUAUGAACAACCCCGCCCAUUCCAGAUUGGCGCGUUCCCAUUGGUCACGCCGUGAUGGACGUUGAACAGCUCCUUCUUUUUGACGGGAGACCGGAAGCGUGUUCGUUGACGAGCGAGCCGUUUGUCCGGAACUGUCAUCGGCCUCGGUCCUGCGCACGGGACGAGCGGUCCUUUCCUUACACCUCAAGCUGUCUCUGGACUCGUGGUUUGAACCGAGCGGAAGACUUCCGCUUUUGAUGCGUUUCCCCGUCCACAAACUCCUCUCCAGUAGAGCAGCGCGUUCGUGACGUGAUGACGAAACAGACAAGUCUACUGCACUAGAAUGGAUGACCCGGGGCAUUACGCCACGCCUUUUGAACGAUGCAUCGUCAUAAUAAUAACACUAAUAUAGCAGGCUGGAAGGAGAACCAUGCCACCUUCAUGUGUGAGCUGAAGAACCUGCAGGCGUCUGGGCUGACGACUUUAGGUCACGCUCUCCGAACAGCCUUUGACCUGCUUAAUCUCAACCGCCUGGUCUCAGGCAUCGACAACUAUGGACAGGGUCGUAACCCGUUCUUCCUCGAGCCGUCAGUGAUCAUCACCAUCACCGAUGGGAACAAGCUAACACACAGCUCCGGGGUGCCCGAUGAGCUGCACCUGCCUCUCAACUCCCCGCUGGCGGGCAGCGAGCUGACCAAGGAGCCCUUCAGGUGGGACCAGAGGCUGUUUGCGCUGGUCCUGAGGCUUCCCGGAGCAGCUGCACCAGACAACGAGCAGCUCGGCAGCGUCCCGACGGACGAGUCGGCCAUCACCCAGAUGUGUGAAGUCACCGGAGGGAGGUCCUACUGUGUCCGGACGCAGAGGAUGCUGAACCAGUGUCUGGAGUCUUUGGUGCAGAAGGUUCAAAGUGGUGUGGUGAUUAACUUUGAGAAGACGGGGCCAGAUCCGCCGCUGGUGGGGGACGAGAACUCGGCGGAGCCCGGUCGACCACUGUCCUCCUUCAACUCGCAGCUGUGGCACAGCUGCCACAAACUCAUCUACGUGCGUCCGAACCCCAAAACAGGCGUUCCAGUUGGCCACUGGCCCAUUCCCGAAUCCUUCUGGCCGGACCAGAACUCCCCGACUCUGCCCCCCCGCACCGCCCACCCGGUGGUUCGAUUCUCGUGCGUCGACUGCGAGCCCAUGGUUAUCGACAAGCUCCCCUUCGACAAGUAUGAACUGGAGCCGUCUCCUCUCACCCAGUACGUCCUGGAGAGGAAGUCUCCCCACAUGUGCUGGCAGGUGUUCGUCAGCAGCAGCGGGAAGCAGACGGACCUGGGCCAGCCCUUCGGUUACCUCAAAGCCAGCACCACUCUCACUUGUGUCAACCUCUUUGUCAUGCCUUACAACUACCCGGUCAUCCUCCCGCUCCUCGACGACCUGUUCAAAGUGCACAAACUCAAACCGAACCUCAAGUGGCGACAAGCUUUGGAGAUGUACCUGAAGAGCAUGCCUCCAUACUACCUCAUGCCCUUAAAAAAGGCUUUGAGGAUGAUGGGUGCACCUAAUCUGAUUGCAGACACUCUGGACAGCGGCCUGAGUUACAGUGUCAUCUCCUACCUGAAGAAGCUGAGCCAGCAGGCUAAGAUCGAGUCGGAGCGUCUGAUCGUGUCCGUGGGGAAGAAGGCGCCUCAGGAAACGGGCAUCAAGGUGAAGAAUCAUUCCAACGCUCUGUCGCUGGCCCACCGGAGAGACUUCAAGCAGCUGCUCCAGGGAAUCGCCGGCGAGGGGCCGCUCCGCCUCGCAGACCUCAACUUCAAAGAGUUUGCCGGCUUCCAGAUCGCCCUGCUCAACAAGGACGUGAAGCCUCAAGCUUAUCGCAACGCCUACGACAUCCCGCGGCGCAACCUGCUGGACCAGCUGACCAGGAUGCGCUCCAAUCUGCUGAGGACGUCGCAGAAGUUAAUCCGGGGCCAAGAUGAAGAUUACCUGCACAGUAUUCCUGUGGCUCAGAUGGGAAACUAUCAAGAGUACCUCAAGAUGAUGCCGUCGCCGCUGAGAGAGAUCGACCCGGACCAACCCAAGCGCCUGCACACCUUCGGGAACCCCUUCAAGCAGGACAAGAAGGGCAUGAUGAUCGAUGAGGCGGACGAGUUCGUCGUGGGCCCUCAGAGCAAAAAACGGGUCAACUCGGGCGACUCCAACUCCGGCGCCACGCUGAAAAGAAGACGGAGCAUGUCCCCGUUGCUGCGGCGAGCGCAGACGCCGCCGCCGCCGCCGCCGCUGAACAGCAACCACGUGAUGGCCGGAAAGAAACCGGCGGGGCUCCCGGGAGCUCCCAACAGUUUGAAACCUGCUCCGCAACACAGAGGCUUGGACGGCCACGUGGCGAUGGAGAGCAACGGCGAUGGACCUGUGGGGCCGGAGUCUGGGGAGGCGUGGCCCUCCCAGAUGGACGCAGAGAGGCCGUCGCUGCCGGAGGGGAAGGCGGCCGAUGGUGGAGAGGAGGCCAGCCUGAGCGAGGAGAGGCCGGUGGCCGAGGAUCACCCGGCCGAGCCGCAGCUGGACAACAACAGCUACGACAGGCUGAGCCCCCGGGGCCAGCUGGAGGGCAGCGCUGACGCCCGGCCCCCCGAGCUGGAGCCCAUCUUCAUCGCCCGGCUGGACGGCAGCCAGGCCGAGCUGCGCACCCGCCUCCUCAAGGAGGUCCGCAAACCCGGACGAAACUACCAGGCCGUCAUGGGGCUCCUGCAGCAGGUGAAAGGGCCGGCUAACGUUCAGCGGUACCUCAUCCAACACGCCGUCCAGGAAGCUGCCAGGUUCAAGAAGCGAGUCCUGAUCCAGCAGCUGGAGAGGACCCUGGCUGAGAUGGAGGCCACCACCUCCUCCCAGCUCCCCAACCAUCACGGCAGUUAGCUGGUCUGCCGGAGCACCACCAGACUGCUCCCAUGUCGUUCCAUCACGACUCCAGAUGUGCGCCACCUCUACAGGGCUUUGGUCUCCAUCUGCACAUCACACACAUGGAGCUGAAGCGUCAGUCGAUGAUGUGGCCCCAGUGUGAUCUCCCUUUUAAACGUGUGCCCCGCAGUAGCCAGGUGAAAACAAGUGACACAAGCGUCUCCUGAGUCACAUUAGAUCAACAGUGGAGUGGCAGGAGGACGUCCUGUCCUCCCGUCCUGCACCAAGCACAGUGGCUGCGUCGCCGUCCGUCCUGUCAGCAGGGCAGCUGUUGCCUCCACAUUUGUUUCAUCGCUCCGCUUCCCCAGCCGCCCCUUGUUUUUAAUUCCACGACAGAUGUACACUACUUUUUUUCCCAUGUUCAUAAGGAAUAUAGAUUAUUUUUGUGAAUUUGUUUAUUUCAGAGUAUGAUGAAUAUUUUGGAAGAAAAUUUUAAAGCCAAUUUUGUACGCUGUUGAAUGCACAUAAAAGUGGAAAGUUUAUUGACCUACUUUUGUAAUAAAACGAGUCAACCACUUGUGGAAAUGAAGGCGCUGGUUCGUGAAUCUUUGAUGUGAAAAUGGGAGUCUCUUGUUGAAGGUGUUCGGCCUGAG